UGCAAAUUACACCCCUGAGACCUUACAAAAAGCUAUAACAGACAUUAAAGCUGGGGUUAUAACAUGUGACAGAGCUAGUGUAUUAUACAACAUCCCUAAACCUACAUUAGUUGAUCAUGUGAAAGGAAGACGAGGCUUAAAAUCAAAUACGUAUGGUUUUGGGCUGUCCCGAAAAGAAAUUUUGCAACUGGUAAAGGAAUAUGUUGAGGUAAAUAAUGUGAAAACCCCUUUCAAGAACAACUUACCAGGAGAAGACUGGUACUUAGGGUUUUCAAAGCGACACAAUCUCUCUAUAAAAAAACCUCAAGGCCUUGAACUGGCCAGAAAGAAAGCGUGCAAUCCCUUCAUCAUAAAAGAGUACUUUUCACUUUUGGAAAAAACUUUAAAAGAACUCAGUCUUGAAAACAACCCUCAUCAAAUAUGGAACAUGGAUGAAACUGGAUUCUGUGUUGAUCCGUCACGUACAAAGGUUGUUGGUGAAAAGAAUUCUCCCUCUUACAGAAUAACUAGCUCUCCUGGAAGGGAGAACGUCUCGGUGUUAGUAGGUUGCAGUGCUGGUGGUGAUAAGUUGCCUCCCUUGAUAAUAUACAAAGGUAAAAACAUAUGGGAUGAGUGGACGGCACCUAUUGGUGAAGGAUAUCCAAGAACCGUGUAUGCAGCAACUGCAAAUGGCUGGAUGGAGAGUGAGGUAUUUGAAAAUUACUUCACCAACACUUUUCUCAAGAGCAUUGGGACAGAAAGACCUGUGCUAUUACUCUAUGAUGGUCAUGCAACCCACAUCUCACUAAAUCUUGUUCUAAAAGCUAAAAGUGAAGGAGUAACCAUUUUAAAACUACCUCCACAUAGCAGUCAUCUACUACAACCCCUUGACCUAACUGUGUUUAAGUCGGUCAAAACUCGUUACGAUGAAAAACUUGUUAAAUGGCAGAGGCAGCACAAUGCUGCUAAAGUUCCAAAGAAAGUACUUUCACGGGUUAUCGGGGAAGUAUGGGUGGAAACAAAACCUGAAAUCAUUGUUAAAGGAUUUUCCAAAGCUGGGAUACAUCCAUUUAACAGUAAAGUGAUCAGCGAUGAUCGAUUCAGUAAAGAAGAUUUGGAACGUUGGAGGAAUGCCAAUAAGAAUACAGUUACUCCUUGCCAGACGGAUGAAACUAGGGUGGAAGAAGAAAGAAUAGAUGAUCCUGAUGAGAUGAAUAAAACUACACAAGAAGGAAGAAACGAAAGUGAAAAUACAGACUUCGAGGAGAAAGUGAAAGGAGAUAGAAGUAAGGUUGCUGUAAUGAGUGAGAAAAAAAGUGAUGACCUGGCUGUUCCUGGACCAGCAAACGUUUGUCGAACUCCAGUAAAGACCACACCGAAAAAAACUUUUGAGUAUUUAUUGCUACAGAAUAUAAGUACAUGCAAGAAAGACUUGGUAAAAAGUAAGAAACAGAGAAUGGCUGUUGGAGCCGAAGUAAUAACGAGAGAAGAAGGUAUUCAAAGACUGAAAGAGCUUGAGGAGCAGAAAAAAUUGGAAGCUGAAGAAAAACGGAGAAAACAACUUGAAAAACUAAGAAGAAAAACCGAGUCGAAACCUAAAAACAAGAGAAAAUUAUUUGAAAGAAAGAAAAUGUCAAAACCUAACCCUAAGAAACAAGAUUCAAGUAAGAACUUGUUUGAAUCUGAUGAAAGUUCUGAUGAUGAGGGUGAUGGAGUCAUGUCGCUUGCUUCUGUAAGUUCAGAAGAAAAUAUAAGAGAAAGAAUUAUUCAAGAGGAGAAAAGUGAUGAGGAAUAUGAGGCUACAUUGGAGAAAAAAGAAUAUAAGAAAGGUGAUUGGGUCUUAGUAAAAUUUCCAACUAAACAGACAGUAAAACACUUUGUGGGGGAAAUUGUAGACUUAAGUGAUCCUGAUGAACCUUUGAUAAGAUACGUCAGAAGAGUUCCUGGCACCAGCUCUGCGUCCGUUUUCCGGUACCCUGAAAAUGAAGAUGUGGGGGAAACCCAAAGUGAAAAUAUAUUGGUAAAACUACCUCAGCCUUCAUUGGGACGAAGGGGGGAACUGAUUUUUAAGAUCAGGUUCUCGACCUACAAUGUCCAAUAA